CAGGUGUGGGGGUGGGGGUUGGAGGUGUCCAAGACUCCUGGGUCAUUGUUGGGUGUGGGGAGGAGGACAGGACCUCUGGGACAUUGCCAGAUGUAGGCGGUGUGGGAGACAGGACGCCUGGCACCCUGCCGCGUGGGGGAAGGGGGGACAGGAUGCCUGAAUUUCUGCCAGCACGCCCAGUUGCAGAGGAUGGGGACCCUAAGGCCGGUGUCCCUAGGAAAGAAGAGGAUGGGGGAGGGGUGUUGACCUUGGGGCCGAAGGGUUCGGGUGGCUGAGAGAGAGCUCAGUGCCUGACAUCAGAACGCAUCAGAGCUGGGAAUGUGCCUGUGGGUGGCCAGGGGAAGAAGGGAGCCUCAUUGGCCCGGGUCCUGAAUAGGGAGAGGGCGUCGAGAUUCUGGGCUCCGGUGGGAUGAUUGAGGACUGGAGGUCGGGAAGCCUGGGACCAGAGGUGCCUCAGCUAUGCCUCCCCCUCGGGGUGACGUGACCGCCUUAUUCCUGGGUCCCCCAGGUUCGGGAAAGUCAGAGCUCAUCGCUGCGCUCCGGGAGGCUCCAGAAGCCUGGCAUGAAGACUCCCAAGUCCCUGCCCUCUACCCUGCGAGACCUGGUCUCUUUCUGGGAGAGCUGAGCUGCCCUCCGGCAGCUCCCGAGGCCUGGGCAGCCGAGGCUGAUGUGCUUGUGCUGGUCUGGGGGCCCCAGGACCGGGAUGGAGUCGAGGAAGGGUGUCUGCCCCAAGGGCUGGGGGCCGCUGGGCGGGCAGCCCUGGCCCGUGGGGCCCCCUUGCUGGCUGUGUGGAGCCGGGGUCCCAAGAAUGGGAGCACCGGGAGCCCGGGGCAGCCUGAAGACCUGGAGCAGGAAAGGAAGAAGGCUGCAGACCAACUGGCCGCUGCAGGGCUGGGGGCGGCACCCCUUUAUGUCCUUAGUCGGCCUGGACCCCAAGGAGCUGAACUGACCAGACUUCGAGAGGCGCUACAUGACCAGGGGGCGGCACUGGAGAGGCUGCUGCCUCCUGCCCAGGAAGGCUUCGAGGUCGUGGGAGGGGCCGAGCUAGAAGCUGUGCGGGAAGCCUUCGAGGCGGGCGGCCUGGAGGCCGCGAUGACCUGGCUGCGCUCGGGCCUCGAGCGUCUGGGCAGCGCCCGAGUGGACUUGGGUGUGGCCGGUCCCGAAGCCCCCACUGUCAUAGGCUCCCUUCUCGGACAGGACCCUGAACCCACCCCCUCUUCCCCCGGGCCAGCCCCCUAUCCUGCUCCCGAGAGGCCCAAUGUGGUCCUUUGGGCACUGCUCGAGGACGCCGACCCCGCCCCCAGCGCUGACCCCGGGCCUGCUCACUACGAUGCUCUGGUCCUGGUAGUUCCAGGCCCCCCGACGCCGGCCGAUGUAGCCCGCGGGAGGGCUCUGGUGGGCCCUGUCACGCCCCUCUUCUUCGUAAGGACUGACGGUGAAGGUGAAGACCCUGAACCAGAAGAGGAUGAAGAGAAAUCUGGCAGCGGGGAUGGGAUGGACAAGGAAAAAGGUAGCGAGGACAGGAAAGAAUGUGGUGGCGAGAAGAAUUCGGGCAGCGGGAGUACAGCGCGAGAUGGAGCCCAGAAAUCUGGCGGUGCAUCUGGGGAGCACGAGAUGAAAUCGGACGGUGGGGAUGGGGAGGAGGAAGGCUGGGAGGUGCUGGGCGCAGAGGAGGCGGAGGAUGCACCGCCGCCGGUCUUCCCCCUGCGUCCAGGGGGGCUGCCGGGUCUAGCGGCCGCGCUGCGACGAGCCCUGGCCCCAGCCCAGGGGACAGCUCUGCUGCUGGCGCUGCCCCCCGCGUCUGCGCCGGCAGCGCGCGCCAAGGCGGACGCGCUGCGGGCUGGAGCGUGGCGCGCGGCGCUGCUGGCCAGUGUGGCCGCGGCUGCGUCCCCGGCCCCGGGACUGGGACACGCGUGCGACGUGGCGCUGCUGCGGGGUCAGCUGGCUGGCUACCGGCGUGCGCUGGGGCUUGAGGCAGCCGCCGUGGCCCGGCGAGAGCUCGCCCUGGGGCUUGAGCCUGGGACCUUGGUGAAGCGCGAGCACUCGCGACUGGCACUAAAUGGAGCGGCCCGUGGAGAGGUGGAGGCACGCUUGCGGGGCUGGGCCGGCGAAGGGACCGCAGGCGGCGCGGCCUUGGGCGCGCUCUCCUUCCUGUGGCCUGCGGGCGGCGCGGCGGCGACGGGGGGCCUCGGGUACCGCGCGGCCCACGGCGUGCUCCUGGCGGCUCUCGAAGAGCUGCAGGCCGAUGCUGAGGCCGUGCUGGGCCCGGGCCCCGACGCUGAAUAAAAACUGCACGUCUUUGCUGUGCCCGUGUCGCUGUCCGCUGGGAAGCCUGGGGUGGAUGCUGGUCGAGGACGGCGCCUGGAUGCCUCAGGAACUAGGAGGAGUCGAUCCCCAGAGCGGACGGGGCAUUGGCUGGGCGAUCGGGCUGCCUGGGUCGUUGUAGGGGGAGGGAGUUCAGAAUGCCGGCCUUCACACAAGAUCAGGAUGCAAGAUGGGGCUGAGGGAAUGAUGCUGCCGGGGUCAUGGGAUAGGGAUGCCCAUAGGAUGGGGACACCCAGCUGGAGCAGAGCCCAAGAGAUGAUAAUGAGCUAGAAACGGAAGAAUCCAGCCUGCUUGGGAUACUCUCAUCUUUGGCCUUCUCUUGCCUUCUUUUUCUUUUUCUUUUUUCUUGGGUCUCCUUUGUGGCGUAGUGGGAGUACAGUGGAUGGAGAGGAGCUUUGGGUCAGUAGUUGCCUUUAUGUAUUUAUCCAGUUUCAUCCCGCCUGCUCCUGCCCUGUGUGGAGUUGGGGGGAGGGGGAUACUAUUGGUGUGACUGUUAAACAUCCUAGAUGUUGGCGACCUUGGCAAAACUCCUGGCCCACACCUGAAACCCUCUGCCUCUGCCAGGCCUCCGAAAAUAUGUCUGGCCGCCAGGGGAUCACUAGAUUUGAGCUUUUAAAAUCAGAACCUCAGUCUGAAAGAACCUGAGAUCUCUGGUCCGAAUGGUACCAGAACGGGAAUCCUUUCCACAACACAUUUGAAGAAUAGCCCAUCCACCCUUUCCCUGGGAGAGCACCAUUGAUGGGGAGAGCAUAUUACCUACCAUGACAAUCCAUUAUACUCUUGAAGAGCAGGGGGUCUUGGCCAAGAAUUAUUUGGGUUUUUAAUAAAUAUUUUGAUAAGAUUUCAGAAGAAUGUGUUUUCUUGAUAAUCCUGUGUGUGUGUGUUUAAAGACGUGCUGAGAACAGAUUGUAAGAAUGCAGAUCUGUUUUGCCCUGACCAAGACAAUUGUAGGAUAACAGACCUUCCAAGACAAAGACAGCCAGUGCCCAGCCAGCUGGUUAUGUAUGUGUAGAUGUAUUAGGGUUUAUUGGGCUCGUUGAGGGAGUUUACUCAGAAGUCUAGUCUUUGGUGGCAGGGGAAUAGUGACAGAUCUCUGGGCCACCCUUAGACCAGGUCAGAUAUUAUAUAAUAGAAACGAGAGCUAGAAGAGGUAUAGUGCCAGGGCUCGUAACCAAGCUCUCUCGGGGGCCAGUGCAAGCUUCUUUUGCUGUUUUACAUGAACUGUGGACCUCUACAUAGGUCACCUCACUUUCUGUCUCCUACCAUGCACAAAUUUCACCAGACUGCCAAAGAGCUCAAGAUCAAGAAAACCUUCUUCAAAGGUUAGGAAGUUUCGCCUUACUUUCCCUUGUUGUUGUUCUGCCUGCUGUGGCCAUUCUAAACAAAUCUAAAAUUCUUCCCUUAGGGACUGAUGAAGACAGUGAUUGGGACCUUCCUAAGGCUUCUCUUUUUCAGGAUAAACAGCUCCAGGUCUUUCAGCAAGUCAUCAUUUAGUACGAUCUUCAGGACUGUCACUACCUUGCUUUCUCUCUACCAGACAUUAUUAUGGUUAUCAUUGUCUUUCCUAAAAGUGGGGGGGGGGGCAGAACUGAAUGUGAUAUACGAGACACCCUGGGACCAUCACUUGUCCUUUCCUGAACAUGAUGCCUUCCUUUUCAUGUGAACUCUAGUUGAGGCACCCCAACUUGUACUUGUAUCCUUGAUUUUUUGAACCUUAAGUAUAAGACUUGAUACUUGGCCU